AUGGCUUAUCGGACCUACAUUCCCGAAAGGAUGACACGAUCUGUGCAACUUUGGAACAAUAGCAGUCUCCCUUUCAACAUGAACAUUGACGACCUUUUAGACGACAUUUUCAAAAUCGAAAACG